GAGGUUUCAAAGGGUAUCAACAUAUUUCUCAAUUUGGAUGAAGCAGAAGAACGAGAUCCAGCAGUUUCUUCAGAGAAAAAUCCAAGAAUUCAUUCAUUCAUCCAAGAGAAGGUCAAGUGCCGUGUAGGUGCAGCACCUGCAGUGGACCAUGGACGACCCUCAGUUGAAUGAUCGUCAAUACAACGCCCUGAGGAUUGUCCUUGUAGGGAAAACCGGAAGUGGUAAAAGUGCCACAGCCAACACCAUUCUUGGGGGAGACAAAUUUGUUUCAAAACUGGCUGCCGUCUCUGUAACAAAAAAAUGCCAGAAAGAGUUCCGGGAAUGGAAGGGGAGGAACAUCCUCGUCGUGGACACGCCGGGGAUCUUUGACACCAAGGAGAAGGUGGACACCACCUGCAAGGAGAUCAGCAAGUGUGUCCUCUACUCCUCCCCAGGCCCUCACGCCAUCAUCCUGGUGCUGCAGCUGCAUCGCUACACAGAGGAAGAUCAGAAAGUCUGUGCCUUGGUCAAGGCUCUCUUUGGAGAGUCGGUCACCAAACACAUGAUCAUUGUGUUCACUCGCAAGGAAGACCUGGGGGACAGAAGCCUACGUGAGUUCAUAGAUGAAUCUGGCGUGAGUCUAAAAAACUUGGUCAAGGAGUGUGGGAACCGCUGCUGUGCCUUCAGCAACAGAGCAGAGGAGGAUGAGAAGGAAGCUCAGGUGCAGGAGCUGAUCCAGCUGAUAGAGAAAAUGAUGCACGACAACGCCCGCUUCACUGAUAACAUAUACGAGGACGUAGAGGAAAGGCUGAAACAGAAGUCUAAGGCCUUGAUCAAAAUUUUUGAUAAUCAGUUUAAAAAGGAAAUUAAACUAAUAGAAGAAGAAUAUAACACUAAGACACAGAGAGAAAAGGAGCAAAGAAUAGAAUUGCUGAAACAGCAGCAUGCUGCUCGAAUAAGUAAUAUAAGGGAAGAAGCUGAAAAGAACAUAUUUGAGGAGGUUUUCAACACAAUUAGUGAUUUCUUCUCAAAAUUAUUGUCUCCGUUUUGGAAGUAAUGUAAUUUUCAAUUUAUCUUCUAUUUUUGGUUCUAGAAUAUGGUGGAUUUUACUAAAGACACGCCUUACUCACUAGCCCUACAUUAAAGUAAUGUCUGUAAUAGAUUACUAAGAAUAAAACAACCAAAGGUAAGAGUCUGUCUUCAUCCAUCCUGCGUCCUUGAACAUUCUCCCAAGUGUGUAUUUUGCUGACGAUGCCAAUAAAUCUAAAAAAGAAGAAAUUUAAUUUUCCCAAAGUCAACAAGACUUUUAAAAU